AUCACAUUCCUUAUCAAUAUUAAACAUUAAACUUCAUUUUCAUCAAAGAUCCAAAGAUCAACCUAUGGAGAUUGAACAUUACAACUUCAUCAAGGUAUGGAUUUUAGCUAUAAUUUCCCUUUGUUAUUGUUACUACAUAUCAUCAAAGCUCCCCAAAGGCAUUUUCAAGCUUAUUUCUUUAACCCCAAUCUUCAUCUUCUUCCUUUACCUCCCUCUCACCAUCUCCACCGCCUAUCUCGCCGGCAUCACCCCCUUCUUCCUCUCUUGGUUAGCUAAUUUCAAGCUCCUCCUCCUUUGUUUCGACCAACCACCUCUCUCACCACCGCCGUCCAACCUUCUUCAUUUCAUUUCCUUAGCUUCUCUUCCCAUUAAAUCUAAACAAAAAACCCCAUCUCAAAACAAAUCUCAACAACCCCAAAGAUCAAUCUUGUUUGCUAUAAAAGUUUUAAUAUUAGCUUUGCUUUAUCAUUGUUAUGGCCACAAACAAAAUCUCCAUAAAAAUGUAGUUCUAGUAAUGUUCUGUGUCCGCAUCUACAUUGAGCUUGAGCUCGCCCUAGCCUUGGCCGCAACCCUUGCUCGAGCCAUGUUUGGGUUCGAGAUCGAGCCACAGUUCAAUGAACCCUACUUGGCUACCUCUUUACAAGAUUUUUGGGGUCGUAGAUGGAACCUUAUGGUUACUAGUAUUCUACGACCAACCGUAUAUUACCCCAUACGCCGUAUUUCUACUCGUUUGCUCGGAUCAAGGUGGUCUUCGUUGCCGGCGGUCGUCGCCGUGUUCGUCGUCUCCGGCUUGAUGCAUGAAUUGAUUUUUUAUUACAUGACUCGUGUGGCUCCUACUUGGGAGGUGGCACGGUUUUUCAUCUUACAUGGGGUUGCGGUGGUGGCGGAAGUUGUGGUGAAGAAGGUGGUGCCUGAUAAAAUGAGGUUAUACCCGGUGGUUUCCGGGGCGUUGGCUUUGGGAUUUGUGGCGGUGACUGCCGUUUGGUUGUUUCUCCCGCAGUUAGUGAGGAAUGGUGUAGAUGAGAAGAACAUUGGAGAGUACUCCAAGUUGAUGGAUCUGAUAAAGGGUUUGCUUCCAUUUUGAAUAUCAUUGUAAUUUUAGAAAAAAAAAAUAUUAAUAUUUGGUUAACUACUAGCAUAGUCUACCCAUAUAUACAUACAUAUAUAUAUAUAAAAGAAGACAUGUGAAUACAGUUUGUAGGACAAUCACGAGAACUUGAGUAGAAAGUACAUAACUCUCUGAGUCU